AUUACUAUCCUCUGCCCUUGCGGCACUCUCUCUGUUACCAUCUACCACUGUAGCAGCACCUCUCAAUUUAACAAACGUGAUCUCAAGUUCAACUAUGGCGGAGAAAAGGUCCGCGGUGUCAACCUUGGUGGUUGGUUCGUGCUAGAGCCUUGGAUCACACCCAGCAUCUUUGAAGCAACACCCGACAAUGUAGUGGACGCUUACUCAAGACUCUCAAACCAUUGGAACACCUGGAUCACCGAGGACGACUUGCACCAGAUCGCUGCUGCAGGCAUGAACCACGUCCGUAUUCCUAUUGGGUACUGGUCAGUCAUCAAAGACGACAAUGCACCCUACGUUCAAGGCGCAUACGAGUUCCUCGGCCGAGCAUUGGAUUGGGCCAGCGGCGCAGGCCUUAAGGUCAUGAUUGACCUCCACGGAGCAUAUCAGNCUCCCUACUCUCAGAACGGUUUCGACAACUCCGGUCAAAGAGGAGGCGUUGGCUGGGGUCAAGGCGACUCAAUCACCAGAACCAAGAAUGCACUUAACAAGAUCCGCGACGAUAUGGGUAACCAUCCCGCUGUUUCAACCAUUGAGCUUCUGAACGAGCCUAUGGGUUCUGCAAUUGGCAUGGACAAGGUCCGUCAGUUCUACAUGGAUGGUUGGGGUAACCUCAGAGAUACCAACCUGGUUGUCACCUUCCAUGAUGCCUUUGCUGGUGUCAACUCCUGGAACGACUGGGGCAGUGGUAUGUGGAACCUGAUGCUCGAUACUCACCACUACGAGGUCUUUGAUAGCGGUGUUUUGCACAACGACAUCGGUACACACAUCUCAAGUGCGUGCUCGUUCGGUGCCUCUAUGGCAACCAACAACAAGUGGACCAUCAGCGGCGAGUGGACAGGGUACGUUUCUCGUCCAGCUUUUGUCACAUCAAGUACACUAACAUCGUCAAUAGAGNCCAUGACAGACUGCGCAAAAUAUUUGAACGGUAGAGGUGUCGGAGCAAGAUACGAUGGAACAUACAACUACAACGGCCAAUCGUCAUCCUACAUUGGAAGCUGCGAUGGCAAGUACACUGGUACAGUCGCCGGCCUCGAUGCAACCUACAGAGACAACAUCGGCAAGUUCAUCGAAGCCCAACUCGACGGCUACGAAAAGGCUGCUGGUUGGAUCUUCUGGACAUGGAAGACUGAGAGUUCUCCCGAGUGGGACAUGCAAGAUCUGUUGCAGAACGGAGUCUUCCCCAACCCCGUCACCAACCGAAACCGUAAGUCUAUUUUGGAUGUAUCUGGUCUUGGGGGCAGAGUAACAAUUGGC